AUGCAUCUUUCUACUGUUGUCCUAGCUGCGCUGUCUGGUACAGCUGCAGGAAUUUUAACAUCGGCAUUCAAGCGCGAUCUGAGGCUUUCCGCUGAUCUGGGCAUUCACCCGGAUGAUCUGCUCAAUCAAAAGACUUCGGUACAUGCUAUUGCCAGUGCCCAGGUUGAUAGGACCAUCGAGGCAGAGUAUAUUUCGCUUCCGAUUGAUCACAGCAACUCUUCGGUUGGUACUUACAAGAACCGCUAUUGGGUGUCCGAACAGCAUUACAAGGAAGGAGGGCCAGUCUUUGUGUAUGAUGGUGGUGAAGCUUCGGCCGAAUCUGGAGUUCCAUUUACUCUGGGCAAUUCGACUUCGUUCUUUUAUCAGCUGGUUGAGGAGUUCGGAGGAAUUGGUAUCGUUUGGGAGCACCGAUACUAUGGGGAGUCCCUUCCCUUCAACGUCAGCCUAGACACGGAGCCUGAGCAUUUCCAGUACCUCAAUAACAAACAGGCUUUGGCAGACCUACCAUUCUUUGCGGACAAGUUCACUCGUGCAAAUUACAGUGAGGUGGACUUGACCCCAGCCGGAACUCCAUGGGUCAUGGUUGGAGGCUCGUACGCUGGUAUGCGAUCUGCGUUCACUCGUCAAUUGUAUCCCGAUACUAUUUACGCCGCCUUCGCUUCCUCCGCUCCCGUGGAAGCACGGAUCGACAUGAGCGUUUAUUUCGACCAGGUGUAUGAUGGCAUGGUGGCGAAUGGACACUUGAACUGCACUAGGGACAUCAAGGCUGCAUUGGAGUACAUCGACUGGCAACUCUCGAAGAGCAAAGCGUCCGCGGCGGCCAUCAAGCGGAAAUUUUUCGGCGAAGGCGCCGAGAAAAACAGUAACAAGGAUUUCUCCGCCGCGCUCCAGACAAUUUACUGGCUCUUCCAGUCGUACGGCCUGGGUGGCGGCAAAGGCAGUCUGGACUCCUUCUGCGAGCACAUGGAGAUUGAUCCGGAGACUAGCACCGCGGCGCCCCCACAUGGAUUCGCCCCAACCCGGGGUAAUAAGUAUGCCGCGGAACGAUAUGCAUCAUGGCCGGUUUUCACGCAGUUGACCAACAAUUAUUUCGAGACCAACUGCAGAAAGCUUGAAACCAGCGAGCCGCUCGUGUGCGAUCUGUCGGCGCCGUCCACCGACCCGGACACCAUCAGCUGGACGUGGCAGUACUGCACUGAAUGGGGAUACUACCAGACCAACAACUUUGGACCUCACUCGCUGCUGUCAAAAUUCCAGACCCUUGAAUAUGCGCAGGAGUACUGCAACCGAUACUUUCCAGAGGCUAUCAAGAAGGGUCUGUUCCCCAAACACCCGCAGGUUGAAGCAACCAACGCGGAGACCGGCGGAUGGACUAUUCGUCCGUCCAACGUUUACUGGAGCGGCGGCCAGUUUGAUCCUUGGCGGACAUUGUCUCCUCUUGCCGCUGGUACAAGGCUAGCCCCGCAUGGAGUGACUCACACGACGGAGAUCCCCAAAUGCAAUGUGGAGACGGACGAGAGCACGGUUUUUGGCUACAUCAUGCAGAAUGCGGAGCACUGCUUUGAUUUCCGUACGACGUUUGCACCUGGUGCGAUUUCCCGGAAAUACUUUACCACUGCUUUGACAGAGUGGCUUGAAUGUUUCGAAGCCAAGUAA